UUGACAAUUACGUCGUGAUCAUAAUAUUGUUGUGUCGGAAUGGUGAUUCUUCUGUAACCAAUUUAGCAUCAAUUGCAUUCAACAGGAGUGGCCGUGUCAGAAUAUAUUGAUUGAAUUUCACUGGUGUAGAAUAGGAAGACGGCUAGAGUUGUUAGAAAGGUUUUGAUGUUGAACAAUGGGUUUACUGGCACGCAGUCGUCACAAGGAACUCAACACCCUGACUUGUCUGGUCAUGGGGCUAACAGGAUGGAAGACAACAGUUGAACUCCACAAUGAUACGUUUGUUUCAGGAUUGAUUACAGAUGUUGAUGUGAAAAUGAAUAUGGAAAUGACAGAUGCCCGGUAUACUGAUGGUAAUGGGAAAACAGUUAUGAUGAAUAAUUUUCACAUAAUGGGUCGAAAAAUUCGAUAUGUACACAUUCCAGACAAGAUUGAUAUUAUGAAGUUGAUCCAACAAAAAGUCACAGUUUCAACUCCACACAAGAGGAUGAGUACUAAAGGUCAUAUUGCCCUGAAGAGAACACAGCAAACCUUAAAAAGAUACCAAAGGGAGCAAGAAGGUCUCUCUACAGCACAGCAGGAGAAGAUGCAAACAAGCCAUAACCAAGAAACUGAAAUAUCUUAAGGUAAUGGUGUAGAAUAAUUUGAUUUGCCUUGAGCAUCUUCAGAACCUUGAGAUAAUUAAGGGAUGCACAUGGAACCCUUUGUGCUUUCAUGCUAGUACGUACGUCUGUCUUACGAUAUUGCCAACCUGAUUUUACAGAGCAGGAAUUGGGCAUUACAGAUAGGUCUUCCAAGUGUCCUCUUAUCUGGCAAGUCAGGAUCACCACUAUCUGAGGUAACAAAUUACCCACAUACCUGAAUGAUGAUUCUUAAAAGUGACACCUGCAUUGAUGUGAUAAUGAUACCAACUGAAAACUGUUAAAACAUUCAAAAGUUAGGAUCGCUGGUGUGCAAAUGAUAUAUUUUGGAGAUUCUUUAACCGUAAAAGUUCAGGAAUGUCACUCAAGGUUUAAGGGUUAAGUCACCAUGUUUCUGUUUGGUAAAACUGUCAAUAAUAAUUUUAUGAAGUUUAUAUUUUGUAUAAUACUCAGAGCGCAUUAUACAUUGUGUUUAUAAAGUCCCUAUUUCUUUUAUCAGUGGUAAUUUAUUGUAAUCUUUUAGGUAAUGAUGAUGUAAGCAGAAGGACUUGUGAUGUUGUCUGUACCAAAGGACUUGCUCUACCUCGAUCAAUGUUUUCCUAAUUGGUGGGUUGGAUGUGGUGAAAACAGGCCCUGGCCAGUGUCUCAUAAUUUAACACCUUUGUUUUUUUUGCAUAGGUCAUUUACUAUUGUUUGGUACACAUCUGCAAAAAAUAAUCCAAAGGUAUUAAAUUCUGAGAUAAAACUGGCCAGGGCCUGUUUUCACCACAUCCAACUCACCAAUUAGGAAAACAUUGAAUACAAAGUGUUAUGCCAUUACAUGUUCUUGUACAAACAUCAUCAAUCAUUACCUGCAUUAAAAAGUAAUUCAUAGCUUGUACAAGAAUUUAAUUUGAGGGAAUGUGAGGAUUUACGAUGUACAAUAUGGUAAGAGACUGAUGGAGUGAAUUAAGAUAGCAAUUAACUUAAAAAAAUUAUAUUGGGAUGUCUGACUUUAUUGUGUAUGUAUCUGUAGAUAAAUGUCAGAAAAUUAUUAGUUCAUAUGGUAUUUUUGAUUGGGAUAUACAUGUAUUUUAUUUAUUUAUUUUUUUUUAAGUCGACAGUCAAACAAGCUCUGGCCCCCUAAUUGGCUCAUUCAUAAUGUUCACUAAAUAUUGAUAUAUUGCAAAUAAAUUAAUUUAUAACUGUUGAGGAUACCCAGUCCUGGUUCCCUUUAAUACCAAACUUAAUGUAUGUAAUGAUAUACAGUACAGUAACUGCUUUAAAACAUUAACUUUUCAAGAUUUGUGGUAAAAAAUUUGAAAUAAAGAAUAUUUGCCGUCGAAGUCACAAACAAAUUCACGCUUUCGGAGAAGGGAGCUUUUUAGACUAGUACCAUCAGCAAAAAUAAACCCCGACUAUAGUUAAUGAGAGAAAUAUGACUGGUUGUUGUAGCUACCGAGGUAAUUGAGCUGGCAGUAAUGUGAUAAGUAUCGCAGAGUUCAAAAUAAACAG